UAAGGCAAAGUGAGAAUAGGCAGCAGGCAGCACGGCAGAGCAGAGCAGAUAGUAUAAACCUUAACCAACAUAGAACCAUUUCCCACCCUAUUCCACGCUUCUCUACUGAGACACUCUCCCGACUCCCUCAUAGGCUCGCAAUUGGAAAUUUGGAAGGGCUAGCUUAAGGAACGAAGGAAUAUACCUUCAGCUAAAGCAUGUAGGCAGCAUACGUGAGCCAGACUGCCAGACAAGCAGACAAUGAGACAGGCAGCACCCGUGACCAUUUCCCCAUUUCCCUUUUGGGCAUUUUCCCAUUUCCCCUAAAAAAUUAAAAUAAUAAAAUCUCUAAAUUCCUUAAUCUCCCCAACUCCCUAUGUCCUUCCCGACUCGCUGCCCUGCCCCUGCGUCUCUGCGAUCUACGACGGCCGGCGGAACUACCAACUCAGACAAGCGACUGCCCAUCACCACUUCUCGCAGCUCUGUUAAAUUUCAGCACUGUGUCUCAAGAAAAAAGCUUAAUAUGGGAGCCUCCAGUGGUCAAAGGCUCUCCGGGAUGCAGAAACAAGUGCUUUCUCUGUAUAGGGGAUUCUUGCGAGCAGCUCGCGCUAAACCCCCCAUUGAGAGAAGGCAAAUCAAGUCUCUCGUGACAGCUGAGUUCCGCCAUAAUGCCAAGCAAGUUGAUCGUAAGAAUUUCAUGUACAUCGAGUACUUACUUCGACGUGGUAAGAAGCAACUUGAUCAGCUCAAAAGCCCGGAUAUUGUUGGGUUGUCGUCUUUAAGUGUUGAUUCUUCUCAAACUAAAAGAUUGUAAGGUAGAAAUCACUAUCAUUAUUCUUUCCCACAUUCUAAUAAUUAACACAUUAGUCAUUGUUACAACUACAAAUGUGUUACCCAUUGUUACUUUGAGCUUGCAUAUUUAUGUAA